AGCAUGUCGAAGCCAUAUGGCAGCUUGAGUUAACUCACAUUAAAAUUGUUGGGAAAGAACAGCUGAACACCUAGAUGCUGAGUUUGGAUGCUCUGCCUGUGGAGCUGGCCAGCCAUUCCUCUCACCAGCUAGCAGUGCUGUUGCCUUGAGCUUCUGAUGUUUAUGGCACCAGCUUCUGAUGCUACUGUUGCUUUUGAGUGUCUGUCGGAUUUCUUGUUUUUAGGGCUGUUCUUCACAGUGGAGCACAGAAAUGGAAGUUCUGUGGCUUCAAGCUGAAGUACUAGGCUGGAGCUUGCUGACUUGAAGGCUUUUCUGCUCUGAUUUUCCUUUGUACUGUUUUUGGCCAGUAAGGGGUAAUUGUUUGGCAGUGAACUCCUGCCUCUUUCGGCCCUGCUUGUAGUUAUUCUUCAGAGUUGAUUGCUUUUUGUUACCAGGGCACAUGCCCAUGUUUCAAGCAGAAAUAAAUUAAUUUUAAAAGCUGUGUCCUGAGAAGAGCCCUGUGUUCUGAGAAAAGCCUUUGUGUUGCUUUCAAGUUUUUAAGGUUUUCUUUACUCAAAAAGUGCAUGAAGACAUCUCUUCCUCCCUCCCUUUCCUUAGGGCACGUAUUGUUGUGGCAAGUGAUUGUUGGUUUGGGGUUUUUAUUGUUGUUGCUGUUUAUAUGUGAUUAGAUAAUAAGAUUCAUUUCUAACCUUGCUGUAUGACUAUUUUAUUUAUACUUUUUUGAGCACUUGUAAUUUUUCUAGCAACAUUUCAGCUUUUUAACAGAAUAGGUUUAGUCUUUAUAGAAGAUUACUGGAAAGAUUUCUGAACUGCAGGGUAAAAAUAUGGAAUUAAAAGAACAGGAACAGUUAAAUAUUUAGGUUUCUUGGCUAAAACCACAGGGUAGCAAAAAGUUUUAAUGCAAAAUUUUUCUGUGCUAUGCCUCCAGAAACCAUGGUUCCUGAUGGUGGAGGAACUAUAAUUUCUGCUUAAGGAAUUGUCAUUAAUAUCUUUGACUCAGUGGCUGAAACCUUACCGUAUUAAUUCUCAUACAGUGCUAAAGUAGGAAACAACAACUGCUUCUGCUAUUCUGAAAGUUUUAAUUGACUCCAUAAAUAUAUUUCAAAGUCAAUUAAAUACAAUGGGCAACAUUCUCAAGUUUUAUGGGGAUGGUUUUUUAGGGAAAAAUUUUGGUGUUUGGUUUGCUUCAGUAUUCUAAUUCUUUAUUUAGCUUUUGCUGUAUUACCUGUAUUGUUAAACUCAAAAUGCUUAAAAGCUGACUGGAUGAAGUGUAUCUUUGUAUCUGUAAAAGCAAUGCUACACAGAACUGGUAAUGAAGAAUCCCAAGUAGACCAUGAUUGUGAGAAUGGAAGAAGGACCUUUAAGACUAAAGGAACUUUAUUAAUAGUCUCUCCAUAACAGAAGUUCAUCAGUGGCAAAUAAAAUCCUCUUCAGCAAAACUAUGGGGAUUUUGUUUGCUGCUAGUUUAUUAGCAUAGGGAGCAGCAGGUUGAUUUGAGGCUAAGCAGGGAAGCAGAGAUGGGAACAUUACUUAAACUGCUCCUUCCCAGUCCCUGAACAGAAACAAGGAGGAUAGCAUUGUGUUUAAAAUGGAAGUUGACAUAAACGGAGAGUCCAGAACUACCCUAUCCACCCUCCCUGUGCCUCUUGCAGAGGUGAGUCCUGCAGGCAGGAUGGAAGCAGAGAAGCCCCGCUGUUCCAGUACCCCCUGCUCACCAAUGCGACGGACGGUUGCGGGAUAUCAGAUCCUUCACAUGGAUUCUAACUACCUGGUUGGCUUCACGACUGGAGAGGAGCUGCUAAAAUUAGCCCAGAAGUGUACAGGAAGUGAAGAAAAUAAAGGGGAAUCUGGGCCGAACAUGCGCUCCAGACAGCUUGAUUCAGGACUUACACGUUCUUCCCGUUUGUACAAAACUAGAAGUAGGUACUAUCAGCCAUAUGAGAUCCCAGCAGUAAAUGGAAGGAGGAGAAGACGGAUGCCUAGCUCAGGGGAUAAAUGCACUAAGGCUUUACCAUAUGAACCUUACAAGGCACUUCAUGGUCCCCUGCCUUUUUGCCUUUUAAAAGGUAAAAGGGCUCAUUCGAAAUCCCUGGACUACCUCAAUUUAGACAAAAUGAGCAUUAAGGAACCUGCUGACACAGAAGUGCUACAAUACCAGCUCCAACACCUUACCCUUAGAGGGGACCGUAUGUUUACAAGAAAUAACACAUGAGCUAUCAUCUCGAAUUUAGAACCAAUUUCUGAUUAUUUCUCUGUUGCUGCAAAAAUCCACUGUUGUAGUGUGCCCAUGACUGUCCACAUGUUGUAUCAGCUAAGUGUUACCAGAAAGUAAUUUAUUUGAAUAGAAUCUUGGCAAUGCAAUGUGUUACAAAUACUUAGAGGGAGAAAUCUUUCCUGAGCAAGCAGCUUCUGAUGCAAAUUUGACUGCAACUGGUGGAUAUUUCUUUGGACACCUUUAACAAAAAAAUAGCUUUUGAGUUUGGGGGGUGGGAUUUUUUUUUUUUUGUACAGUUAGAUCUAGUAUUUACAGUAAUUUAACACCAAAAAAUCAGUGACGUCUGCUUGGUUGUUGCUAAUUUUGGCUUGAUGUUAGAAACUGCUCUUGGAUAAGUACUCAAGUUUAGGAGGUUUUUGGUUUUACUUUUUGUUCCUGUAUUCUACAGUAAAAAGUAUGUAUUAUUUUUUUACAUCAUGGAGAGGGAAGUGAGCUUGGCUAAAUUGGAUCACUUGCUAUUUAAACAAUCCAGUUCAAACAUUUUCAAGUUACUCUUGCACUGGUGAGAUUCACUCAUAAAACAAACCUUUGCUACUUGAAUCCUAUUAAAUUAUUUUUUAGUUUCUGCAUGGAAGUAAUUGUUCUGCCUCCUCUGUUCUAUAAAACUUGUUCAGGAUAAGUAUUUGGGUUAUUAAAAACAAAGCUUUUGGGGAGUGAAGACUUUUUUUGUUGUUGUUGUUAGUGAGAUUUAUUUUUUACAUUGUCUUGACACACAAACAAGGAUUCACUGCAUAUUCCAGUAAAUACACAGGAGUGACUGCAUUGGUAUGUCAGUAACGGUUUUGAUUUGAUUUUAAUUCAUUAUUUCUGUAUCAUGUAUAGUAAUGGAAGGUGUCAAAUAACUUCAGCAUUGCUUUGGAAAUUCAAUUGAUUUGAGGCACUGAACACUUGAGGUCUGGAAGACUGAUUUUUUUUGAGUGCAAGUGAAGUAUUUCUGCAUCAGCAUUGAGGAGAUGAUCCUGGAUUAUUCAACAGAGUAGUUUGAAUACACUGGCUUACUUUUGUUACUUAAGGAUUUUUUUAUCCGAACAUGACAUCAGAUGCAGUUUUGACAGCUGUAUUCCUAGAUAUAUUUAAAACACUGUAGUAACUUAUGUUUAAAAAUGAAAAAUAGUUUUCAGACUUUUUGGUUUUUUAGGUGCAAUCUCUUAUUGAAGCAGCGUGCAGCUUGGUUUCGGUUGAUGACCUCUGCAGAAGAAGUUAAAUAAGAUCACAUUGUUUUGAAACAAAUUAUUUGAUCAGUUUUUCUGGUAGAAUUAAGGGGGUUUUUGUUUGUUUAUUGCACAGAACGAAUAGAAAGCACUAGUUAGUGCAUGCGCUGUGGAAAAUGAAUGGUUCUUCUCAUUCUGUACUUACACCACAGUUGUAAGUGAAGGCAACCCUGUAGUCUGCAUUUUGCUGGUUUGAUUAUCUUUUUUUAGGUUUAUUAGAAUCUCUGCAACAAACUGAUGUGUAUUUUUAAAAGUUAACUACACCUGUGUAAAUUUAAUGUAUUGAACAAUGAUAUUGAAAGUAAAAUGUUCCUAUAUAGUCUUUAGUUUGAAAAACAGAAUAUGGUCAGAUGCCAAAGAGAUGGGGGUUUUGUUUAAGGAAUAAACACCACUGUUUACUGAAAUACCCUAUGACACUGUAUUUCUGGCUGAAAAAUAAAAAGGGUGGUAUAAACA